AUGUCAGCGCCGACCGAUUCAGAUACCGAGCUCCUGACCGAGCACUUUGGGUAUCCUCCGGUUAGUCUACUAGACGAUCUCAUCAACAGCAUCAACAUUCUCGCCGAGCGCGCCCUCAAUUCCGUCGAACAGGGUCUUUUCAAGGCACCACCAGCCGCUCUGGGAUUCAGGCCACCAAAGUCGGCGUCAGCUGCGGAACAAGAUGACCCCGCUGAGCGAGCGAAAAACGAGAUCGAGUCCGGCACGCACCAGCUAGAGACGCUUCUCUGCGCUAGCAUCGAUCGCAAUUUUGACAAACUCGAGCUGUACGCGUUGCGCUACAUCCUGUGUGUACAACCGCCCGAUAUCCGCAAUUACAUCCGACUGAGCCACUACGAAGGCUUAGAUUUCUCAUCGAGCACAGCGGCCACCGGCAACAGCCAGGAUGGAACCAACGGGGGCACAAUAAAUCGGGACAAGCCGACGGUUGAUUCAAUAGGAGAACUGCGGCGGCGGCUACGGGAGAGCAUGCGUCUCAAUGCGUUGCUGUACGCUGAGCAACAACGCAACGCGAGGCUUUUGUCUGACCUACAGAGUUUGAUCGGGAUUAAGCAUCCCGACGUCAAGAGAGAAUCAACGUCGACAGGGGCCGAAAUUUCAGGGUCCAGCCCGUUUGCCUUCCUGCAUCAAGAAGUUGCACAGCUCAAGGAUGCUGGUGCCGACACACCUCUCAGCACUACGACAGCAUUCACGUUGUCUCAAUUACAGGCCUUACGCGCGCUGUCUACAUCGCUGCGUACCAUGGCGCCUCAUCUUGCCCCGGUGCCGAGGGACGAAGGCGACGACGAAGGGCGCAAGAGUUGGCGGAGGGAGCGGCUCGAGUACGUCGAGGCUGCGACAAGAAGGCAUCUAGAGAAUGUGCAAGGACUUGAGCUGGGCAAGGACGGUGAGGUAAGAGAUGGAGAGUGGCAGGGUGAAGGGCGGAACUUGGCAAAGGGUGAGGUGGAAGGGCUGGAGAACAUUGUUGCUGCGCUGGGGUCUGGGGGCUCCAGGCCAGAAGAGACGGCAAAUGCGGACGGUGAUUCCAUGGAGGAGUGA